ACUCCAUAAUUGUUAAAGAAAUAACUAUAUCCUUAUCUGGAAUAACUAAUAUGGGCUGCGUUCAGUCAAUUGUGAAUGCCUUGCAAAGACCUAAUAGUGUAAUCGUCUAUGAUGAAUAUGAUGAACCAAUGAUCAGCAUAGAAAAGAUUAAAAAAGUCGUUGAGGAUGCUAUACUGUCGCACUCCAUAUAA